AUGAGAGAAGUCAUCGAAGGUCUGAGUGACGUCAAGGAGCUCUUGGCGGUCAAUCAAGUUGGGCUGUCCUUCGAGGACACAUCAGUCGUCGAUCAGAUGGACAUGCUGACUUCCACCAGCGGUGUGAUCCGAAGUCUGAUUCAAGAUCUUCAAGCCACGCCCGAAGGCGAGUUAGCCCCCUCUCAGCUAAAGGAAUACCUCGACGACUUUGCCGCUGAGCUUGAAAAGGCGGACGAGAUUGCAGCUAACGUCAAGGCUACCCACCAUCGCCGUCGAUUGAGGGAUGCAGGCGAGGCCGCCAACGAAGGCAUGCCCACCAGUAGCCAUCACGAGAAAAUGAGGAAGUACACUGAGCACCCCAAGAUCAAGCGCCACCUUGAGAUGCACGACAAGAUCAAGAACGGAGAUCUCUCUUUUUUGGACCACUACGUGGAUCGCAUGUCUCAAUCCAGCCACGCAUCGAAGGGGCACCGUGCUCUCGGAGCUACUCCCGAAUGGAAGGAGAGUUGUAAACAGAUGGUGUCGUGCAUCAAGAACUAUAGUCUGUUUGACUUUGUGGCCUACUUCUGGGGGCCAUUCACAAACGAAGAUGGAGAAAUCGAAAAGGACAAAAUGGAUCCCAAUGUUGCUGUAUACACGAGCAGCCUAGAGGCGACGUUGGGAAGCAUUAGGGACGCCCUCAAAAAGGUUGAAAGCUAUUACUCACAAAGCAAUUGCGAGGCUCUUCUGAAGCACUUCCACACAAAUGGAUACAAAAAAGUUUACGAUGAAGCAAAAGCUGGGAAGUACAACGGCGCGAGUUGGCGGGACGUUUGUCGCGCAGAGGGAUCAACACAAUACAUCAAGCUCAGCCAGAUUUAUGAACACGUUGACCAACGCGCCGCCUAUCAGAUCCUAGAGGAUAUGGGCAUGUGUGCAAGCUUGGAGACGGCAACCCCUUCUUCGCUGGCAACACAAAUGGAUGGGGCUAAGAGGGGGCGACCAUGCCAUACGCGAUCAAUCAUUGGGCUAACCAAAGAAAUAAACAUCCUGGAAUUCCAUAAGAGGUUUAAAGACUAUGACAGUUGGACUAGAAGACCCAAUUUUGAUUUUUUGGGAGACCAUCAGAAAAAGAGCUGCUACAAGGCUGUCAACUCAAAGUACAGGCAACACAUGGAGUCGCAUUCAUAA